AUGGCUCGCCAUACAAACUCAAAUAGUGAAUCGGAGACAUCUCGUUCAAGAAAUACUCAUGGUGGAAACAAUUCUAAUGGCGGUAAUAACAAUAAUGACAACAGCGGCACCAGUGGAAAAGAUACUAAUCAUUCAACAGGGCAUGGUGGGAAACAUCGUUUGAAUGCAGCUCAGCAAAACUAUUUGAGAGAACUGGUUAAGACUCACGUUACCAAUAACCAUCCAUCGUUGAUUCCAAUACCUCAUCCGGCAGAUUUAUCUUUGUAUUCUGAUGAUUUCUUACGCCGUUAUCGUGAUCGUUACAAUUUAGAUUGUAAUGAUAAUUUUACAUUACAAGGGUAUUUAUUAGGCUCAGAUAUAGGGAAUCAGACUCAAUCAUUCAGUAACAUUUCUAUGAAUGCCAAGGCUGAUGCGAACGGCAAGACAACUGAAAAACUAUUAAAACAGAGUAAGAAAUCUAAAGAAAAAGUUCAAGGUGGUAUUAGCAAACCAACAACAAAACGUGUGAUGAGGGACGAAUUAGUUGCCAAAGUUGCGGACCAUUUCAAUACUAAUCAACCGAGAGAAGUAAACGUCGUUCCACAAUUCAUUUAUAAAGUCCGCAAUCGCAACCGUAGAUUCCGUAUGGAAUUUAGAGAUUGA